GAUCGAAAGGACAGGGUUGAGGAACAAGUGAAAACAUCAGUGCUGUACCUCCCUGGUAAAGAGCCCUCCCUGUAUCCUCUUGCCAGGAUACCAGAGUUUUAUUUGGCAGAACUGCAGGAUGGACUACAAAUCUCCUCUGCUCCUCAACCUGACUUGGAUAAGUACCGAAUUCCACAGGACCAGGCUAAAGAUCGCAAACUCUCAUACCUGAAGGAGGAGGUUGAGAAAACGUCAGAGGUUCUGGUGGAGACACUGAUACAACAGCCUCAAGACAAAAAAUUAUCGCCGCCUUCUAUUACCACCAUUGUGGAUUUAAAACCGCAGUCCAAAAAAAAGCAGAAGGAUUCCCUCUCCUACGUCUCUGCUAGAUCCACUUACUCCAUGCGAACCGGACAGAAUUUGCCAGUGGCUGGUAGGGUCCCAUUUCAGAGACCCCCUUCUCCCAAAGUAAAACCUGAAACUGUUGAUAAAGGAACUCAGUGCAAGCUGAUGCUCAUGCGGAAAUUGCAGGUGCUUCCAAGGACGCCACAGAGACGCCACAUGCAGAGAGCAAAGCCCCCAACCGCUGAUAAAGCGACCCAGAUUAACUCCAACUAUGGGAGGUUGGAGAAGAGAUCGCCUGCUUUGAUCAAAAAGAAGAAAACAGGGGAAACGACAAUUGAAAAGACUCUUCCAAGCAAGACCAGACAAUCCAUCUUGCGUAAAGAAAGUGACGGGUGUUAUGACAAAAUCUGCACAGAGGAUUCCAUGACUAUUAAAAAGGGCAAGAAAGCUAAAGCUGUCUACAAUUUCCACAUAACUGUUUAUGAAGGGGAGAAUGAAAUCGAUUCGAUGUGUAAGGCGGGACCUAAAUGGGAAGAGUCUGCAUCCUCUUCAGGGCUCUGCAAGGCCUGCACUGUUUUCAGCACACUUAAGUCUGGAAUGAUUCACACCAGCGAUCUCCUCUUGACUUUGCACACCUUGGGCAUCCUAGUGACAAAUGCUGAAAUGUGUCGGACGCUUAGGCAUGUCAAGGUGACCGCAUCUGGAACUCUGGAUUUCUCUGAAUUCUUGGAAGAAGUGAAUAAUACCUCGCCUUUCACAGACACAGAGGAUUUCCAGACUAUUCUUUGGGUUUUCAGGAAAAUAAAUAAAGGUAUGGUGGCCAUUGAUGACUUGGAAACAGUCUUGAUAGGCCUGGGAGUCAACUUGAACAACAAGGAGAUACAACAGGCCCUGGGAUGCACUGAAGUUAGGAAUGGGAAUGUGGACAUUUUGAACUUCCUUCAGACUGUGUUGGGACUGCAAAGAGGCUUUGAGGAAGAAGGUUUCCAAUAUGAAUGCGAUGCCAUGGACGCAAACCCUUUCCAUGAUGUGACUGAGCUUGUCAAUGCAGAUGCUAGGUGGAGAAAGAAAUACUGCGAAGAGGAUCUCAUCUCCGCCAAGUGCCUAGUUCCCCUGAUGACAUUGUCAUGUUCAAAUAAAGACCUUGCUUUUUCCCAGCCGCAGAGAAGGUUGUCCUGGAGGUCUGACCGGAAGUGCCCCAGCACUGUCAUCUCUACAAAUAAUGCAAAAGAGGGAGAUAAAGGCAAUGGCACCAAGCGAACAAAAUCUCAGUUGGAUGCUACUGACCUGAGAACUACCAGAUCUACAUCUGUUGCGCAUGACACAGAGGGGGGAGAUAAAGACCAUGAAGCCAUGGAGGUGACAGAGGCACAGACAGACGCUGUUGGCCAGACAAACACCAUCCAAGAAGAAGAAGAACAAUAACAACAAAAAGAAGUAAAGCCAUGGCAUUAUUGAGGAGACAAA